CGGAAGCCCGUGUGUCGUCGUCGUCAACGUUAGCAGGAAGUUUCCCGUGUGUCGGUCCGAGACUGCACCGAGACCGAGACCGUCCCGCUGUACCGACCACCGGCGGCUCAGCCUGGACUCGUUCUGCCCAACAGUUAGGAGUUUAGUCGGCGACACGUCCAGUAUGUUGGGUGAAGCGGCCCCGGCUCCGGGCCUCGUCUCCCCGCCGCGUCGCCGCCUGAGCCGGCAGAGCCAGUACCCACAGCCCCGGUCCCCGGUCCCGGUCCAUGAGGACGGCCGGCGGCUUCAGUAACAGCGACUAGAUCCACCCCCAUGGCGGACAUCUCCGGGGAAGACUGUCCCGGCGGGCUGCAGGGGCUCGGCCCCGGCUCCAGCGCCAACGGCCCGGCCGCCGCCGGCAGCAGUUCCGCUGGCAGCUCCAGCUCCACCGGCCCCGGCAGCUCCGUCCCCCCCCGCCGCCCCCCACAGCAGCCUGAGCGCCGUCAUGGCCUCCAUGUCCACCGGGGGCCCGGGCCCCCCGCUGCCCGCCCCGGGGCUGGGGGUGGCGGGGGGAGGCCUGCUGUCCCAGAUCCACGCCACGUCCUGGGACCCCACCCUCAGCACCGACUGGGACAACGAGAAGGCCUCGCAGCAGUGCAUCCUCAGGAUCAAGAGGGACAUCAUGUCCAUCUACAAGGAGCCCCCACCAGGGAUGUUUGUGGUUCCUGAUCCUCAAGACAUGACCAAGAUCCACGCCCUGAUCACGGGCCCCUUCGACACGCCGUACGAGGGCGGUUUCUUCCUCUUCCUGUUCCGCUGCCCCCCCGACUACCCCAUCCACCCUCCCCGGGUGAAGCUCAUCACUACGGGACACAACACGGUCCGCUUCAACCCCAACUUCUACCGCAACGGCAAAGUCUGCCUCAGCAUCCUGGGGACAUGGACCGGUCCGGCGUGGAGUCCAGCCCAGAGCAUCUCCUCGGUCCUCAUAUCCAUCCAGUCCCUGAUGACGGAGAACCCCUACCACAACGAGCCGGGCUUCGAGCAGGAGCGCCACCCAGGAGACAGCAAGAACUACAACGAGUGUAUCCGCCAUGAGACCAUGAGGGUGGCGGUGUGCGACAUGCUGGAGGGAAAGGUCCCCUGCCCUGAAGCUCUGUGGAGUGUGAUGGAGAAAUCCUUCCUGGAAUAUUACGAUUUCUACGAGGGAGUGUGUAAGGAACGUCUGCACCUGCAGGGUCAGAACAUGCAGGACCCGUUUGGGGAGAAGCGGGGGCGUUUCGACUACCAGGGCCUGCUGGCUCGCCUCAGCGCCACCCACAGACGGAUCCGGGAGAAGAACCUGGCGGAGGACGAGCAGAACCAGGACGACACAGACUCGGACACCAGCUCCUCGGAGACGGACCCGGACAGUCAGGGCAGCUCCCAGCCCUGACCAGACGGUGCUGGGCUCAGAGCCGGGCCCAGAACCUCCAGUUUAUCUCCUCCUGCUGCUGAUCUUCCUGCUUCAGAUGAACAAAAGAGGUUCUGCGGUCUGGAUUCACUCGUCAGAUCCUGGUGAAUCUGACCCAUUUUAUUUGUGUAUUUAGGUUGGUUUCCAGACGAGAUGAAGCUGCAGUUACUAGAGGAUUAAAACUGAACUCUUGGACACGAAACGGGACGACGGAGGAGGUUCUGUCCCGUCCCAACAGACCUGAACAUGAGGGAUAGGGGUUUCCUGAGGAACGGUGGCAGGAUGCAGGGAUUCUGGCUUGAAAUCUAACAGACAUUUGAACAAGGAUUUCAGUUGGACUAACCAGUCUGAGUCUGGACCUGGACACCAGACCAGUUUCUGAGGACGAUUCUGUACCACACAGCUCAAGUAUUAGACUGCAGUGAACGUGUUGGAACCUGCUGCUUCUGUCACCAAACAAGCAGACAGACCACUGGUCUUCCUCCUCCCCCCAGACCUCCAGGAGGGUCAUACCUCCGGGGUGGAGGUCUGACCCUCCUGGAGGUCUGGGCUGGAACAUGAACACUGCCAGCAGCAGCACAGUCGCUGCUGCGGUAACAACGACCUCACCAUUCUGAACAUCUGCAGGUCUUACCGGAAACACUUCCAGGUUUAUUACAGUUUAAUAAAUAGCUAUUUUAGCUGCAGAACAGCUGAUAUCAGGCUCAGAUCUCCACGUCUCCAUGUCGAUUAUACCGUCGUUAAGGCAACUCUGGUUUCAUGUGCAGUGACGUCACUUACAGGUUGGCGUCUCUUUACAGGACGGUGACAGGUUGACAGGAAGUGGCUCCGCCCAACCCUGCUUAAAUCACAAAAGGGCAAAUGGGUGGAGCAGGCGAGCCUGGAACCAGCCGGGACAUUUAUCUGUCUUAGCUUGGAUACGUAGCUUAUGCCGACCUAAUGAGUACCGCCAGAAAUGAAAGGAAGACCAGCAGAACUCUGUUGGAGCCCAAGGGCUUUCAAGUUUCUUAUUUCUGUGUCAAACUCUGGGUUAGAACUGGAUGUAGCUCCUCUGGUGAUGAUCGUGUGGUCCGGGCUCAGCCAAUUGGGGAAGAGUCCUUGAAGUCCAAAUCUGGACAUGGGUACACUGCAAAACUCAAAAUCUUACCAAGAAUAUUUGUCUUAUUUCUAGUUAAAAUGUCUCAUUUUUAGUAAAAAAAAUC